AUGACGCUGGACCCUAGAGGAGGAUACUUCAGCCAGAGGGACAUGAGAGGGGCUCUCGCUAAGUGCGCCAUGCGAGACAGUUGCAGGCAGGCGUUCGCUGCGUACUGCGUCUCGCAAGGGUAUGCCAGUAUCGAACAAGGGCUCGUUCACUUGAGUUUGAUUUUUCGCGUGGCGUGCGCCCACGCCAGAGACAAGCAGCAGCAGUACAGGAAGCUCACCGACAUCGGCUCUCCUGCUGCUGUUCGUGCACACCCUGAAGAAUUGCGACAGGUGCGCGAGCUCAUCGCGCAGAGCCCAGGUGAAUCAGAUCUGAGCUCGGACGACGAAGCCUACAUCGUCAGCAAGAGCCUGGACGUCUCGGAGUUCAAGGCCGUCAUAUCGAUGAGCUCAGGUCUGGAGGGCUACGCGGAUAGAUACCGUCGUGGAGACAAUGGGCUAGCAGUUGCGGUCUGGGAUGCCUACAGUGAGGAGUGGGAGAUGGAACUGUCUGCGAAUCUGAUCACCGACGAUGGGGCACAUUUGCGGAGGCCCACGCUAAUAGUUCAGCCCGAGCCCAAGAAGACGAGUACCGUGAAGAAGCCAGCGGAUCCCAAGCACGGCAAGGUCGCCCUCGACAUCUUGCAGCGCCCCCCUGGGAACGCCAAGCCUACAGGUGGCCCCGAGGUAGGCCGCAAGUCGUGCACGAUCGAGGGCAGCCAUAUCAGCGUCCUUCUCACAGGCAAGGGCUCAUUCUACAUCGAGGGCGUGGCGGAGGACAACCUGGAGAUCGCGAAGACAAUGGGCGCCUUCAGUGGCAUAGUGGACGGCAGAGGUCUCAACAAGAAAGGCGACCUGCAGCUCGCGAUCGGCGAGGACGUCCAGCGGUCCUUCGACCUCGCGACAUUCUUGGCCUGCCAUCAGAAGUCCGACGCCUGCGAGGACAUCUCGUGCGAGGCGCCGAGGGCUUUCUCGGCUCUUAACGCCACGCUCAAGAAAGAUUGCCCAUCCAAGGUGGUCGAGUACAAGGCGCUCACGGACGACGAUCAGCGCCGCGGGUGGCUUGCAGCCUUCAUUCUUGACCCAGAGAGCGGCGGGCGCUGCGCCAGCAACACGACUGAGCGUUCAAGCGAGACCGCCGACAACGUUGUCCACAUUUGGGUCACGGUCGAUGAGUAUGGAGGCCCGCCGUUCCUCAACAACAUGAAGCACGAGUACGACGUCACGAAGGUUUGGGGGGAACGCUGCAACCGCCAUAAGGAGACUGCCGCGGUGACCGCCGAUGCGAAGAUCACCCCCUCAGAGUGCCAAGAGGUGGCCAACGCCAUGGCAACGGAUGCAGAGCUGAGUGCCGAGCAGCUGGUGACGAAGGAGCUCAAGGAAAGCAUGGGCAAGACUUCCAAGGAGGCGAAGAGCUUGGUCGACAAGAUGUGCAGGGAGCUUACAGAGGUGGAGCUCGUCGUGAACAGGCUCAAAACCAAAUCUCGGUCACCUUCAGCCGUUUCCUAUCUGCAGGAGGAGACCGCGAAGCAGGUGGCCUUCAAGGAGUCGCCCCACAAGCUGUGGACCGAGACGAAGGGGACGAAGUUCAAUAGCAAUGAGGAUAUAGAGGCGGCCACGGCGAGCCUCAAGACACCCAAGGCGAAUUGCAAGAAGGAGGACAAGAAGUACAAGUCCAAUGUCCUUGCUCUCAAGGGUCAUGGAGGUGCCGCGCCAGUCGCGCCGUGGGAGCACGAGCCGGGUACCUGGGAAGAGGUCGAGAGCUGCUGGGACGGCGACAGCGCUGGGAAGGAGCCCGCGCGCAGGGCCAAGGCCAAGGCGAAAGCCACGGCGGCCAGGGCCAAGACGAAGGCCAGAGCGGCGGCGGCCGACGAUACCGCCGAGGAUACGGACGCGGAGUCUGCCAGCUCCAGUGCCAGCGUCGUCUUGCCCCCUCCGCCGAAGAAGGGGAAGAAGGCUCCGCAGAAGGCCAAGAAGAAGGCCAAGAACGACAGACAGAAGGAGACCAAGAAGGGCGCGGCGAAGCAGGGGGCCCCCGCGGCGUCCUCGUCGGCCAGCCCCGCGCGAGGCAAGAGAAGAAAAGAUGGCGAGAAGAACAACGGCAAAGACAAGGACAAUGCCAAAGCCAAGAAGAGCAAGAAGCCAGAGAAGAAGCCAGUCAAAAGCAAGGGUAAAGAGAAGGACACGGCGAAGGAUAAGGCGAAGGCGAAGGCGAAGGAGAAGGCGAAGGCGAAGGCGAAGGAGAAGGAGAAGGAGAAGGAGAGGGCCCGCCAGCGAAGCCGGUCCAAAUCCGAUGACAAGAAGAAGAGGAAGGACAAGAAGAAGGAGGUCGAGAAGUCUUCCAGCAAGCAGAAGGACAAGGACGAGGGAGGGGCUGGCGGCACCAGCGCCCUCGAGGGCUGGCCGCAGCCUGAGAUGGCGGGCCAGAAGAUGGCAGGCGAGAUGGAUUCACAGGAGGCGCGGCGCUUACUGGGGCGACCAGUGCAUGGGCGGAGGGCGCUCGGCCGCGCGGCAGGACCACCGCGGCCGCACCGCGGGCGCCCGCUCGCGGUCGCCGCGGCGGUCUCGCUCUCCCCGCUCGGCGCGCCGGUGGGCCCUUCUGGGCCAGGGUGGGCGAUGACGCUGUCCUUCGGCGCGGAGCUUCCAGUGCCGACGCGGCUGCCAGGUGUCGGGAAGGCUGUCCCCUGGAGCGGGCACCCGCCCCCGGAGCGGAGAGACCAGGGCGUUGGCCUGGCGAGCGCCGACGAUGUGGUCGAGGUCGUGUAUCCCCAGGGGUGGCAGAAGCAUCCGUACUGCAAGCAGCUCUUGCCCGCCACCAGCGGCCAUAUCGAAGCCGUCCAUGCGCUUGAUGCGAACACUUGGACGGACGUCACUGCGCGGGACAGGAAAUAUAGGGAGCCCUCGGAGAUGAACGUGGUGGAUGUGCAGCUGAAUCACAACCCAGCCCUGUGGAGAACAUAUUUCAUGGCGAGAGAGCGCGUGCGCGAUCAAAUGAACGGGGAUGGCAAUAACUGGAUACGCAAAGGGAAAGAGGAUGGGUGUGGAAAAAAGAUGCUCACACAUUUGACGGGAAGGAUUGUGCAUACACAUCGAAGGUUUGGAAGGAGGAUGUUCACAAGUUUGAGUGAUUCGGGGUACAGACCUUUCAAUCAAUGA